GGACUUUUCAUGCACAUUUACUUCCUCAAACUUUUAAGGUUAGUCUCGCUGGUAUCCGCGCCAUGGCCGAGGGUAAAUCACAUUUUAUCUGUAGGUGAAUACUGAAUACCACAACUGUUUCGUCCUCUGAUACAUCUGGAUAUUGGUUUAAAACACUCGCAAGAAAGUGAUUAUUACGAAUGGCAUAUUAUAAUUCCAAACGAAAGACGAGUUGUACGGAGAUCAGCGUGGAAGGCGUUAUAGUUGGAGCUUGCCUGUGAAUUUUGUGGGGCAUCGCGCCUGCAUCGCCGGGUGACAAUUGGUUGGAUGUUCGUAGAUUUGGAUGUACGUGCAAUGGCGAUUUUAUGGUUAAACUUCAAUUUCAAAUGGAGGACUCGCAUCUCAGAACACAAAAAACAUGGCGUGCAUAAUAGUUAUUCACCCACGCGAAUAAAUAGACUUCUAAGGCUCUUAAACAUGUAUAUUUGGAUAGCCAUUCUGUUUUGCUGCGUCCAUUUGGGUGCAGCCCAGACCUCCAUGACAACAAGCGCAAAUAUGACAUCAAACGAAAACAUGACAACGGUGGAACUGACCACCAUCGCAGACGUAACCGAGCUCCUGGAUUUCACGACAGACCUGACGACAGAGAGUUCUGGAGGUGAUCUCCCGGGAUGGAUCUACGGUGCAGUAGCAGCUGGUGCAGUGGUCCUGAUUGUAAUCAUAAUUAUCAUCAUAAUAUGUGUCAAAAAGAGAUGUCGGUGUCGACGAACUCCACCUACCCCAGUGGAUAAGAAUGUCCCCCUAUCAGAUUAUGGACAAGAAAGGGACAAGACAUACAAUGGAGGAUACACAGAUGACAAUCAGGGUAACACACAUACCGCUAUUGAGAUGGAUCCUCAAAUGUCCCGUAUUGAAGAUGACAUUUAUCAGAAUACAGCCUUUCCAUCUCAAGUAAACCCAGCGUUCGAUCAUUCCCAGCCAUUCCAUUCCCCGGAUGACGACUUCCCCAGUAUGCCCCCACCAGCUCCGCCGAGAGGGGCGUCGUCCAACAUCGACAUGGAUACCCGCCCAGCUUUAGUCAUCCCGUCUCCUCGUUCGCCCUACUUGCCUAGUCCAGGCCCUAUGCCGCUAGCAUCGCCCCUGGAUGACAUCCCCGACAGACUACCUCCUGCAGUUCCCACCCCAGGACUAAAGGACAUCAGAGCAGAACUCAACGAUAAGUUUAAGGACGUAGCACCACCUGAUAAAAAAACAAAGAAGAAGAAAGAGAAAAAGAAGGACAAGAAGGAGGACAAACCAAAAGCCCCACAGCGUGAAAUUGAUCCAAACGAACAGGUAAGGGGAGAAGUUCCAAUGCAGCCCACUCACAAUCUUGACUCGGCUAGACCAAAGCCCAAGAUUCUAGCUAGAUUUGAUUUUCCUCCAAAGCAGAUUGAUGUGGCUGAUUUCGGAGAGAAUUAUGAAGAGAUGUCGCCUAGGCAACAGGAGGAAAGAGACUUUGGUGGAGAGUAUGAGGAUAUGGGUGGUGAUGGAAGUGAGGAUUAUGAUGACGAGUAUGAGGAUGUGGAUCCAAAUGCAAAACCUGUGAAGCCAGUGGGUACGAAGCAGGCCAUCCCUAUGCCUUAUAAUUUACAUGGACAACGCGGUGUAGCAAAUUUAAAUCAACGUCCUAUGGUCCCACCCCCUGAGACAGCAGAAGAUUUUGGUGGUGAUUAUGAAGUAGUAGUGUCUCCAAAUGAAGAACCGAAGCGUCGAUUGCCUGGCAGGAAUAUUGACAAUCGUCUGCGAGUAUCCAUCCCCUCUCAGGAUGAAGACCAAGAUCAUGGUGGAUUGUACGAGGAUGUUGCCAAUCCCACCGUCUCACCGAAGAGGAAACCUCUGGUACCUAAACCUAAAACUCCAAAGAAAUCCCCUAAGCCACCACCUGGGGAUGACUUUGGACAAGAAUACGGCAACACGGGCAACAGGACCAUGUUUCCUGCUACCACGACCCAACGACGUCCGCCAACCCUCCCCUCAUCGUCAAAUUGGCAUCAAGAGGAAGAGGAAGAUGAUGACUGGCUUCCUCCUCCUCCUCCUCCACCCCCAGGACUUGAUCAGGGUUCUCCUGUGCAAUCACCAGACCAAGACUACGGGGCAGAGUAUGACAACAUUGGAAUCAAACCGACCAUUAAGAAAAAACCACCAGUGCCGAAGCCGAAGGUAGCCAAGAAACCCAGUAAUUCUGGUGGCAGCUCAACGCUUCCGAUGAAUCCCAAGCAGCAACUGUCGCCCUUCGAAGCGCGGUCGUCUGCAACUCUGCCCGUACCCGGUGGACACGAAAUGAUCGAAGAAGGAGAAGAAGAUUCGUUUUACGAGAAUCUGGAAGGUCUUAAGGGGAAGCUAUCGAUGCAUUAUCAAAACUUACCCACUGCAGAAAAGCCCCAAGAACAGAUUCUGAGUAGUGGCUAUUCCAGUUUCAGUGAACGUCCAAAAUGAUUUGAACGAUGGUCUUAAGCCAUCGCCUACUGCAACCAAGUGAUUCCUGUACCUAUCCUAUGGGAAUAGGAGAAUUCAGUGAUCGAGGGGUUAUGAACCUCUGUCUACUUUAUCGCCUGCUGAUGAAAUACUAUGGAUCUUCAAGACUGCUUGGCUUUCAAUCCAUGUUUGAUGGUCCAUAGGAUGUAAAAGGGAAAUCACCUUUCUCUUGUUGGCAGCUGUUUUUUGCUCUAUCACCAUGUUGUUCCAAACUUGUAUUUAGUCUUCAUGCACCAUCCAAAAAUCCCAUGCUGUAUUUUAUGUCAAUUAAAUAUGCACUAAUGAUAGAUAAUGCAUAAGAAAAUGUAUAUUACAUCAAAUCCUUGUUGUACAUUGUACUUUUAUCAAUAUGGAAAGAUACAACAUAAACAAAAUAUUUUGAAGAGAAAAAGGAAACUUUAAAUCCUUUCGGGUUCGAACCCACAACCUCCUGGUUGUGAGGGGGAAGCUCUACUGACUGAGCCAACACACCGGUAUAGGCCUAUGUUUUUAUUUCAAUCAAUUGCAGAUCUUACAAAGAUAUGGGUGCUACAUUAGUUUUGUCAAACAUAAUUACCAUGGUAAAGCGUAAUUAGACUUUGAAGAUGUGCUUCGAAACAUAGACAUAGUAUUAAGUACUUGAUGAAUGUUAUAUAUCAUUUAUUGUUAACUUGUUUCUACAAGUGCAGUACUACGUGUUAACAACUCAUGCGUGUGGUGGUGUAUCAUUCAAUGAUUUGGUCAUGUGGGCCAGUAUACUGGUUAAUCAUUUGAUAGAGCUUAUGCAACUGCCCAUUUAAGUCAUUCUGUUGCUUCUUUUUGCAGUUAUUUGUAAGUGAAGAAGUGAUGGUCAGCUCUUUGGUCAGAUUAAAUCAUGGUUUAGUGUCGGUUUAGUGUCAAUUUGGGAUCAAAGUCCAUCCCCAAUUUUUACAUAAUUAUUCGAUGAUUAAUAUAUGCCAGCUUGCCCUAUUGACCAAAAGGAAUCACUACGCCAAUUUUUUUCUAAAUACUUGCCCAUAGGAAAACAAAAUGCCUUCUUUGGCCAGUUGAGGGGCAAAUAGAAUGUAAAGCAUAUAAUUAUGCUGCUAGUUUGUACAUUUUUAGAUAUUUAUACAGAUACUACUUAACAAAUCUAUCUAAACAAUUUUCUUAUUUGAGGGGAUUAAAAAAAAAAAUGUCCUUUUUCAAAGAUUUUGCUGUUGGUGUUACUGUUGUAGUUGUUGCUCUUGGAGUUGUCUAUGUUUUUUGUACAACAAUCAUGCAGUAUUU